GGGGAGAGAUCUGGGCUGUACCCGCCCUCUGCACCCAUCCUGCCACCCACCCUACACCUUUCCCUACAUGUCCCUGCUCCCUCAGGGGAAGCAGCCAGCGCCUGCCCGCCCACCCUGCACCUAUCCCUGGCUGGUAGAUCACUGCCAGUUUUUGAUAUUGGAUUGUAGAUCACAAGCUACUUGAAGUUGGACAUGCAUGUUGUAGGUUAAGGCAAUCCGCAGCUGUUAUCUGCUGAUUAUCAGGAUAGGAGGAACAGGUGGGACUUGGGGCUGUUCCAGCAGGACUCUUCUUAUAGUUUUAUGGCUGAAAUCCUGCAAUGUUUUGCUUCACUUGCCAUUCAUAUUCAGUUAAUAUGAAAAGCAUCUCUUUACUUUUUUUGUUUCUUAAGCAGAUUUUUUUUUAUUAUGUUGCUGAUCCCAGCCAUCUUUUUCUUUCCAGAGUAAGGAAGAACUGGACGUAGAGUUCAUAAUGAAGGAAAAUUAAUUACCUUUCACCAAAAGUUCUAGUCUUCCUGAAUUUGGAUCGUCUUGAGAAUCUCCUCACAAACAACAUCAUAGUGGCCCGUCCAGUUUCUUGUUUGAAUGUUUGUGUUUCCAAGGAGAAAAGUGCAAAGUAUUUCAAAGAAGAAGGUGAUCUUGAACUGAGAAUGAAGGGAACAUAUGAAGAUACAUGGAAAACUGUUUUGGAAUCUGGAUCGGUAGAAUGCUUUUAUUUCCAUUACCCGACGUAUUGGGAACCACAAUUAAACGCCCACCUGCAGCAUUGCUCAAGUAAUGGGGAGCAAGACAAACAGAAUUCAUCUGCAUCCCUGACUAUGCCUCUGAAAUCACUUUCUGUGGGGCAGGAGGUGAAAGUAAUUCUUACUGCAUCAGAGGAUACUAAUUUGGAAGUUAAAUUGCGUACACAGACUUGCUCCGAGCACCUUGAUGUGCGUUUGAGGUUUGACCUAUGCGGAGAGGAAAAGACUUUUCUACAUAAACGGAAGAAAGUGGUUGCAGCUGGUCUGAAAAGUGUCUUCCAGCUAGAAGAGGAUCUGUUGGAUCAUGAGGUGCCAGUAGUUGCAGUCAUGGCCACAGGAGGUGGAUGCAGAGCAAUGACGUCUCUUUACGGGCAGCUCUCAGGACUUAAGAAGCUUGGCAUUCUGGACUGCAUAACAUAUAUCAGCGGUACCUCAGGCUCAACUUGGACCAUGUCAAAUUUGUAUGAAGAUUCCAAUUGGUCCCAAAAGGAUCUGGAGAGGCCAAUCCUUGAAGCCAAGAGGCAUAUGGUAAAGAAUAAGAUAAGCACCUUUUCUCUGGAGCAUCUGAUUUAUUAUCAAGAGGAGCUGAGGCAGAGGGCCAAAGAGGGCAUCUCUACUUCUUUUAAUGACCUGUGGGCCGUAGCUCUGGAGAAUAUCUUGCAUGAUGGGGUGAAUGAUUUUAAACUAUCUGAUCAGCAACAGGCUGUGAACCAAGGGCAGAACCCCCUACCCCUCUAUUUAGCCCUUAAUGUGAAAGAAAACCAUAUUUCUACUUUUGAUUUCAAAGAAUGGUGUGAAUUCUCCCCCUAUGAAGUUGGCUUUCUGAAAUACGGUGCAUUCAUCCAUUCAGAAGAUUUUGGAAGUGAAUUCUUCAUGGGACGGCUAAUGAAGAAAAACCUAGAGUCCCGGAUCUGUUAUUUAGAAGCGUUGUGGAGCAAUAUUCUUGCCGUGAAUCUGCUUGAUGUCUGGAAUAAGUUGAGCAGUACAGAUGAAUCUUGGCAGAAACUUAUCAGAAGCAAAAUAAGAAACAUUGAGAGAAAUCAUAUUCCACCAGAAAGCUCUACUUACUUGGGGACCUCUUGGAUGUGUCCUGAUGGGAAGCUCUUUCAGAUUAUAAGAAAUAUUUUAACUGAUCGUCCGUUGCACCAUCACAUCCAUAACUUCCUCAAUGGUUUCCAUAUGCAUAAAGACUAUUACCAGGAGAGUCAGUUCUCUACAUGGAAAGACAGCCGACUGGACCAGUUUCCUAAUCAACUGACACCAUCAGAAGAAGGUAUCUGCCUGGUCGAUGCUGCCUAUUUCAUCAAUACUAGCUGUCCCCCGCUCUUGAGAAAAGAGCGGAAAGUAGAUGUCAUCUUAUCAUUUGAUUACUCUCUGGACAACCCUUUCCAGUCUAUAGAACAAACCAGCGAAUACUGCUUGGAGCAGGGAAUUCCUUUUCCCAAGAUUUCAUUGAGUGAGGAAGACAAGAAAAAUCCAAGAGAAUGUUACCUAUUUGUGGACGAGGAGAAUAACAAAUCCCCCAUUGUGCUUCAUUUCCCGCUUGUGAACGAUACAUUCCAGAAAUUUAAAGAACCAGGUGUGGAACGUAGGCAAACUGAGAUGGCAGAAGGCACAGUCCCGCUAUCUGGCUAUUGCUCACCAUACCAGCUGAUGAACUUUACAUACACUAAGAAAGACUUUGACAAACUCCUGAAACUGACUGACUAUAACAUCCGGAAUAGCAGAGACUUCAUUCUUCAGGCUCUCUCCAUCGCCAUAGAAUGGAAAAAAUGUGGCCGGAAAUGUGCCCAGCCAUGUGACUCUUCUUAGGAUCCCUUGCCUGCUUUUACCAGCAAUGUAUGCCUUCUUCCUCCUAGUAGAUCAUCAAGCCUUUUGCUUUGCAGAGGGAGGAGGAUUGGCAGGUCAGUGGAGUUCAACCCCCAAACAGAGGAAGGUUACUAUCCUGUACACAUUUAUUAGAGAGAGCAAGUCAUAUUAAACUCAGCAGGCCUCACUUCUGAGCUAACAUCCUUAGGACUUUCACUGUAAGAAAUCUAAAAAUGGCGAUGCCUUGCUUCUUAUCUUUACUUGUCCUUCAAGCACUUAAAUCAGGUAUAUGGAGGCUGUGGACCUCGAGAUGUAGAUUGACUCCCACCAGCCACAGCCAGCAGGACUAAUGCAAAGGAUGAUGGGAGUCUUAGUCCCACAACAUCACGAUAAUCGCAGGCUCCCCAUCCCGGACAUUUGAAAGGGAUGGGAGAAGAGAGGGCAGGAUAAAAGAUACCAGCAAAUGCCAAAAUCAGGAAUAUUGUAGGGUCAGACACCCAGUGUCAGAACUUGGGGUUACUUCUUUGCUUAAUAAAUUGAGUACAGUGGUACCUCAGGUUACAGACGCUUCAGGUUACAGACUCCGCUAAUGCAGAAAUAAUACCUCGAGUUAAGAACUUUG